AUGUUCACAAAGUUAAGGCCUAGCCCUAUAGCUGGCCUGCGACUGUCCAAUCCGCGUCAGCAACAUGGCUCCUUAACUUUUGUGUGCCAACUUCAUAAUGACGGCCGCACUCGAUCCUCCAAUUUUUGGCUGCCAACAGGCGGAAUCGAGAAAAAAGCUGCUGGAAUGGACAAAGAAGAUACAAAUGACCUCUUAAUCAGGGCUGGGUUCCUCCGACAGGCAUAUUCUGGAAUCUUUCACAUGCUGCCAUUGGGUCUGCGGGUGCAGGAUAAACUGGAGAAACUGAUUGAUACACAGAUGCAGGCUAUAGGUGCAUCGAAACUGUCUCUGUCGUCAUUAUCAUCCCAGGAUCUAUGGGAGAAGACUGGCCGCUUGAAGAGCGGAUCGGAGUUUUUUCGACUUAAUGAUAGAAAGGAAUCUCGAUUCCUACUUGCACCAACGCAUGAGGAAGAGAUCACCUCGCUUGUCGCUAACCUCGUAACUUCAUAUAAGGAUUUGCCUUUGAGAGUUUAUCAGAUAUCAAGGAAAUAUCGCGAUGAAGCUAGGCCGCGACAGGGGCUUCUGCGAGGUCGAGAAUUCGUCAUGAAAGAUCUCUACACCUUCGACUAUAACACAGAAGAAGCGAUGCAAACUUACGAGGCCGUACGAGAAGCUUACAAACGGAUAUUCGACACACUCAAGGUUCCUUAUCUUGUUGCUACUGCUGAUUCCGGUAAUAUGGGCGGUAAUCUGAGUCACGAGUUCCAUCUCAUAAGCGCGAAAGGAGAGGAUACGCUGAUCAGCUGUUCUGCAUGUGACUAUGUGUAUAACGAAGAGGUGUCAGAUGGACGCAGCCAUCACCCCGUUAGCCAUGCAAAUUCCACAGAACCAUCCGACACUGGAGUCGGAGCUAAAAACCCUACCGCUAUAAGUACAGGACUAUGGACAGCCAUCUCAGAAGAUAAGAAAACAUUGGUCCGAGUUUGGUAUCCGAAAUACUCAAUUCAACAAUCUAAGCUGGGAUCAGACUCUACCGAGGAACCAGUGGAAAGGGGAAUCAACUCCCAUGCCAUCAAAGCCGUAGCAAAGACGGCCGGCGUUGACUUGCUAACAAGCUUGGAAAAUUCUACAAAUCUAUGGGUCCACUUCGUAGAGAAAACCUCAGCCUCGAAUCCGCCAGGCGACAAAAGGUACACAAUUUUAGACCUGUACGAUUCACAAGUCGUUUCAUACAACCAUCCUCCCCUAAGUGGAUUACCAGAAGGUUUCCAACCCUCGAAACAUUCCAUCAAUUUCUCAAUGCUGAACAGCUUUCCUGGCACAUCUGACGGCCUCGAUCUCACUCGCGUGGUCAGUGGCGACAAGUGCCCAAAGUGCAACAAAGGGGCGCUUCACACACACAAGGCAAUCGAACUAGGACACACAUUUCAUCUAGGCACUCGUUACACCCAGGUUUUUGGAGCGACUGUUCAGGUUGACAGCUCGAGGAUUGAAAAGCAUACUGAAACUAAUACCCAAAAAGAGUCCCAUAUCAAUCCAAUGCAAAUGGGCUGUCACGGAAUCGGAGUAUCGCGUAUGAUCUCUGCCGUAGCUGAUUCACGUUCUGACGCAAAUGGCCUCAAUUGGCCGAGAGCAAUUGCUCCGUAUGAAAUCCUCGUGAUACCUACCACUGGCCUCGAUGCUGAUGCUGAGACCAUCUACGAUACCCUGAAAUUGCACAUGGAUACCAGGGACGUUAUCCUAGACGAUCGUGCUAAGCAAGUUGGCUGGAAGCUUAAAGAUGCAGAUCUGAUUGGCUUCCCAGUGGUAGUUAUUGUCGGAAAGUCCUGGAAAGCGAAUCAAGAGGUAGAAGUACAUUGUCGACAAUUGGAUGGUUUGCGUCAGAAUGUUGGUAUCGCAGAAUUACCUGAAUAUGUCGGAUCACUGCUGCGAAAGCUGUGA